AUGACGACGAGAUCUAAAAAGAAAGUUGGGCCUAUUCAACCUACUGUAAUUACAAAAAGCCGUAUAGAAAAUUCUUGGGUUAUGUUAAUAAAAGAUACGCUCUUUAACAAUAAUAGCUUUAGGAUAAUAACUUUACCGCACCCGGCACACGGCUCGCCUUCAAAGUACGUUUUAGAUAAGUCGAAUAAGAAGAUGUAUGAAGUAGUGACAUUCAGUGAACCAUUUAGAUCUUUGUUCAUAGGAGAAACCGUGAAAUCUGAUGGAAGUAUAAUGUUAGUGACUCCUGUUAACCCCGUAUUUUUAGCUCUUCCUAGACUGCGUGAACAGUGUACAAGCAGGGCAGUGCCUUUAGAAGAUUUAUUAUCUGAAAAAGGCUUUCAUGAAAUUGUAGAGUUUAUUGGAGACUUGGAGUGUGUUGCAGACUUAAAGGGUUCUGCUGAACUGAAAGCCUACAAGUACAGUGAAGUUAAAACCAUAGAGUGGCUGGAAAGUAAAGUGAGAAAAUUAGCAACACUAUUAAAAAACAAACAGAUACAUGUUACUUCUGGAUCAAGUUCUGCAACAUUUGUCUCUAGUACAUUGAAUAAUGACUCAAUUGACGAAGAAUUUUACCUGAAGUAUGCUCAUGGAAUUAUUUCGGAAUAUCUAGAAGAUGACUUAGUUGACUUGUUGGAAAAGAAAUUUGCAUUUAAAUCAGAACUUAUAGAGUCUGUUGGAAAACGUAAAUCUGAUGCCAGUGAGUUAUUAGAAGCCAAUAAAAGAGUUAAAUGUGAACUUAAUGAAGAUAGUGAAAUUAUGGAUACGAGUUUUAAUUCAAAUGUGGUAAAGAAACAGAAACCCUUAACAGCCAAAGAAAAGGCAAGACAGAAAGCAGCAAGUGGUACAAAGACAAUAUCCUCAUUUUUUACAAAAAAGUGA